GUUGUGUUCAAAAUACGUUGUUUGGCGCCCUCUGUUGACUGUUUGGAGGACUGCAGUCCUCGUGUGGGGGAAACGUCAUUACGUUCUAGGCACUUCCGCGUGCGCGUUCACGUCUAAACCUGUAAUGUGCUCGCCUUCUGUCAGGACUCUCAGACGCGCGCCUCGGUAGUCUGUGCGGUGAACUUGUCACGACCGCGAAUGAAUUCCACUCGGGACCCUCGACUCAAAGCGACGGGGAGUCUUCGAACUGGCCGCGGUGGGAGACGCAGGUGACACCAAAGUUCUCUGAAUAUAUCAAUGGAGAAGCUAGGCGGCUAAUGAGCUAGCCCCGGAGUUUCCACCGGCUUCUCUAGCCUGAGCUAACAGGCUAACUGGAAGAUGCCAUGGCUGCCGGGCAUGUCAUGAAGCCAAGAUGAGACUUUUGGAGUUUAAAAGAUGAACCGCGUUGUUCAGAACAUGGCCGGAUAGAUUGUAAGAAUCUAAUGGUUCGGCAAAGUGACGGACGGUUCGGGUUGCCUGGACAGUUAUGAGCGUUUUCAACAGUGCAAGUGAAACAUCAAGGUUCAGCAGCAGCAGUAACAACAACAAGGAGUGGGACUUGGCCGGCGAUGUGACCCGGUGCUGUCACCAGAUGAGCCCCAUGGACGAGGCCAUGCAGGCGGGUAUGUCGUCCGUCCAGUCGGGACUGGAAGCCCACCUGCCGGGUGUCCUCGGCAGCAGCAGCAGCAGCCAGGACGGACUGUUUCUGAACUUGAGUCCGCCGCCUUCGUAUCUGGAAGGAACCAACAACGAUGCGAAUAACUCGGGUCCGCUGUUCGACAGGAGGAAGCGGUCCCGGUCCAACAGCAACAGAGACCACUUCGACGAGGUGGUCAUGGAACUAGGUCCCGAGGAGGUGCGGUGGUUUUACAAAGAGGACAAGAAAACUUGGAAGCCCUUCGUCGGACACGACUCUCUUCAGAUCGAGUGGAUGUAUCGUAAAUAUUGCCGACUGAAUUCAAGAACAAGUGUGGGAGAGUGCUGUAAUAACAACGGGGUGGAGAGUAGAGGACUGGACCGGGAAGUGCCGGUGGAGACGAGGACCAGCAGUGUUCACGAAGGCCGGACCACUGGAGACACGCUUCCCUCGGAUGACAGAGACACUGAAAGCAUCGAGAUCAACGUGGGACCUGUGUGUGUCAGAGGUGGACUCUAUGAAGUGAAUGUCAUGGAAAGUGAAUGCAUUCCUGUGUACUGGAAACAACAAGACCACAUUCCAGUGAUGAGAGGUCAGUGGUUCAUCGAUGGCACCUGGCUUCCUUUAGAAGAAGAAGAGAGCGACCUGAUCGAGCAGGAGCACCUCAAGCGUUUCCCUAGUCAGCAGAUGCAGGACACGUUUGAGACCGAUCUGGUCGCCAGAACCAUCGAUAGUAAAAACGUUCUCUCCCACCUAUCCCCUUUCUACCUCCCAUUCCUAUUCAAAUGGAGUGGAUAUCAGACGAGUGCUAGAACUACAUGUCACAAGCGCAAACGCUGCCAAGCCAUCCACAGUCUCAAGUUAAGUCGGACCCAUGUGGACUGGCACAGCGUGGACGAGGUCUACCUCUACAGUGAUGCAACCACCUCAAAAAUUGCACGGACGGUCACACAGACGCUUGGCUUCUCCAAAGCUUCCAGCAGUGGCACACGGCUUCACCGGGGGUACGUGGAGGAGGCCUCCCCUGAAGACCGACCACCUCAGACCACUCAUAUCGUCUUUGUGGUGCAUGGUAUCGGACAGAAGAUGGAUCAAGGACGGAUCAUAAAAAACACUGGAAUGUUGAGGGAAGGUGUGCGGAAGAUGGAGGAGAAGCACUUUGUGGAGCACAAUGACGAGCAUGUCGAGUUCCUGCCGGUGGAGUGGCGCUCUAAACUGGCCUUGGAUGGAGAUACUGUCGACUCCAUCACCCCUGACAAAGUGAGAGGACUGAGAGACCUCCUGAACAGUAGUGCCAUGGACAUCAUGUACUACAACAGCCCUCUGUACAGGGACGAGAUCACUAAAGGUCUAACGCAAGAGCUGAAUAGACUGUACACGCUCUUCUGCUCCCGCAAUCCUGAUUUCGAGGACAGGGGAGGCAAAGUGUCCAUUGUGUCACACUCCCUUGGUUGCGUCAUCACCUAUGACAUCAUGACGGGCUGGGAUCCUGUCCGCUUCUGCCUGCAAGAGCAUCACGCCGUGGAGAAGGAGCUGGAUCGACACUGGGCCUCCUGUGAGGAGAGACUUCUGCUGGAACAGCUGAGGCACACGAGGAAAAGAUUAAGAGAGUUGGAAAAUCAACUCAUAACACUGGAAGCCUCAAAACCUUCAGCACCACCAGCACUUAAAUUUAAGGUGGAAAACUUCUUCUGCAUGGGCUCUCCUCUGGCUGUGUUCUUGGCUCUGAGAGGCAUUCGUCCUGGUACCAGUUGCCAUCAGGAUCACAUCCUUCCCACCUCCAUAUGCAGCCGGCUGUUGAAUGUCUUCCACCCCACAGAUCCAGUGGCGUACAGACUGGAGCCUCUCAUCCUCAAACACUAUAGCAAUAUCUCUCCUGUUCAAAUACACUGGUGCACCGCUGUUAACCCUACCCCUUACGACGAAAUAAGACCCACUUUCCUCAACCCAUUUAAGGACCCGCCGUCCGACACAGACAGCAUCCCGAGCCCCAGCACGUCUCCGGUCCUCCUCAGAAGACACUACGGAGAGUCCAUCACCAGCUUAGGCAAGGCCAGCAUAAUGGGAGCAGCAAGUAUUGGGAAGGGCAUCGGUGGGAUCCUCUUUUCUCAUUUCUCAAGGUCACACAGUCAACCAUCCGUGUCGUUGGGACUAGAGGGUGGAACCAACCCAGAGGAGGAGGAGCAGAGAAGGACAGAGAGUCAAUCAGCAUACGGACUCUCCACCUUGACUCAGCCCGCUUCGCCAACUGCUGACUCAUUGGAGUUGGAGCGACGCAUCGACUUUGAGCUUCGUGAGGGGCUGGUGGAGAGUCGCUACUGGUCGGCGGUGACCUCCCACACUGGCUACUGGUGCUCACAUGACAUAGCACUUUUCCUGCUGACGUUCAUUUACAAGCAGAAGAUGCUGCAGUCGGAGCCAGCAGAAGCCAGUCUGGAGCUGGACUGAACCCUGAGAUGGUGCGACACAUCUGAAACAAUGCAAAACUCCUCCUUCCUUUUUUCCCUCGCACACAGUUGAUGACGUUUUUAUUAACUCCAAACACUCAUUACUGACUUGUUUCAUUCCAAAAGGUGCAUUUAUUGGCAGUUUGUGCUGUUUUCCUCACACAACAAGAGACGGUUGGACCAGAGUGCACUCAAGAGGACUUGGAACUGGCUAACUAUGGACGUUAUUAUUUAUUUAUCCCUCUCUAGACAAUUUGAAAGUCAAGUUUGUAAAAUUCAUUCUGUUUUUAUUUAAUCGUAUUUAUAUUUUUUGCAAGAAAACCUGUGGCAUUAUCCCUUUAAUGCAUUGUCUUUCAAUAUAUUUAAACUUCAAAUGAAGUUAUGCACCAAUCGCGAACAUAAAUUCACUUUUAUAUAUAUUAUUUGAAGCCCCUGUGACAGGUUUAUAAGACUGUCUGUUGUUAUUUUCCUAAAGAGUUUUAGAAUCUAUACUCAUGAAAGUGGCCUCAAGUGUACCACACACUGCAACUUGUUUUCUUGUUGCCAUGGUGACCAACUCAGCAGCAGAGUUAUGGUGGUUACAUGGAUUCAAAUCUUUACUUUUUACCUCAAAUGAGCUGAUUGAAGGUUUGUGUUUUCUAAGGUGAGCUUAAGUGGAUUUGUGUUUUUCCAUGCGUGAGGAGAGACUUUUACUGUGUUGGACCUGUCGUUCACCAAAACCUGUCAAAGGUCCUUUGGUAAAGACCAAUAAAGGAGUUGUUCGUAGUAAAUGAAUGUUUAAACGAAAACAUUGCCAAGUGCCAACAUGGAAAACUGCACCCUUCUUUUCGUCCUCGCUGCGGAGGUACAACUUGUUGUGUCAAACUUUAGUCGGCCGUUUUUAACGCUUCUUUCAUUUCCAAUUUACUGCUUCUCUCAAUCUAGGGCUGCUGUGGCCUGGCCGGUGAAUGGCAUCCAUUUAUUGGUGUCAGAAGUCUGUUUUCUGUGUGCGAGAGCCUGUUUACUGAAGCCAGGCUGCCUUUCAGCUGCUAGUUAAAAGUCUGGAGGUCAUUGAAGAAGCAGGAACAAAUAAGGGAGAGUGUACUUUUGCUCAGUCAAUGCAGCCUCUUUGGGUCGUGCAGAAUGGCGUUGAUAUCAGGCUCUUAUUGAUUUCCCUUCAGUUUAUUGUGUACUUCAGUUGAACUAGUGGAAUGAUGCUAAUGUCCACUGGUGCUAUUUACAGUCACGCAUCAGUGAAAAAUCCUUGGGUGGAGUUUUGUGUUAUUGAGCCUCAGCCGUCACAGAAAGGCACGUCUGGGGGUUCAAAUGAAGCUUCUGACUGUUACUGAAAAUAAAGGUUCCUGGAUCAUCAAGAACUAAGGAGGUGAGACUCGAUAAAUCUCACUAAAUCAGGGUUUUAUAAUUCAUCGCGAUUAAUCGCAUUUGAAUAUUUGACAACAGAAUGGUCCAGUUUAUGUUGAAUCUGUACUCAAAAGCUGAAACAUCAGGUGGAAGUGAUAAGCAAACUCUCAUCUUAUGCUCUCAAGUUUUUUUUUACCUUCUAUCUCUACUUUGUCUCCUACAUCAUGGGUGUUUUGGGUGUGACGUCGUGCUAUCUUGGAUAAUGUGGCCCUGAAAAAUGUUUCUACAUUAUUCGUCAUACAAUAAUUUCUUUCUGAAUUAUUUCUCUUUCUAAAUUCUUAAUGUAUCAGUUCUCAAAACUGAAGAAAAACAAAUAAACCAUCACAUUAGCAAAUGAAUAUGCGGUAGUCCUGCUGUUGUACAAUGCAUGGAGGGUCUGAAAACAUUUUUCCACCAAUGUAGAACUCCUUAAAACUUGGUUAAAACAGCUGUGUUUUCUUACUUGUAACAUUUCACUAGAUCUGGGGGAAGGAAAGUAGAUGGCCAGAAUUGUGUUCACUGGUUGGUUGGCUGGACUCUCACCUAGUGUUGGAAGCUGGUUCGUCCUGCACAGACAUUUAAAGAAAUUCCUUUAAUAUUGAAGUCUGAUUUAAUCUUUAAAACCUAAAAAAAUGUUUCUUUCAGGAGACAAUAGAUCAAUUCAUAAGUGAUAAAUGGUCUUGUUUUUUCACUUGUUCUGUUCCUCCUAGUGUAUGCUACUGCUACUAAACUAUUCAACAAAGAGUUUGACGUGAUUUUUAUUGGUUCUUACUCAUGUUUGUCCCUAGAGCUGUGCAAUAACCCACGCCUGUAAUGGAUUCUUACUGCCAUCCAAAGCACUGUAUUUAUUUCCUUUUAUUAAACCAUCUUUUGAUA